UCAAACCAAGAUGUAGUUUGAUUAUUAUUAGUUUGCGUAAUAUGAGGCCAUCGUAACCGUAGAAUGUGUUAAGAACUAAAAUCUUCAUGAAAUCUCUCCUGGUCUUCCGCCAAGUGAUCACAUCUCUGGAAAAAAGAUUGAUAUUUUUAUUGCUAUAUCGUUGACGUUCUCUGACCGGGGAAUAGAUAAGAUAAUUACUUAAUUUGCAUUGACGAGUCAUCAGACAGCUAGAUUAGAAAAUUCAAUAGGCAAUAAAUUAGAAUAAAUGCAUCAAUCUGCUAUGAAAACUUUGCAUUGCCAAUUUGUCCUUCUUUGAGUAACGAUGGAAAAGAACUAAAAAUGGGGUUCAAAAUUAUUGAAAGUAUUUUGUAUUUGUCUGUAUUAGUUGUCUUUAGGAGCCAGAUGACAUAUGGUUUGUCUGGAAACCUAGGAGCAUUGGAUCUGAAUUGCGAAAGACCAUCAGUAACUACAGCCAGUGGAUCACUUAUUGAUCGGAGCCUGUUCUGUCCAGGAGAACUCAUUUUUGAGGACAAUUUCGAUAUUUUGGACUUGGAUAAAUGGCAACAUGAACAUACAUUGGGUGGAGGAGGAAAUGGUGAAUUUCAAUACUAUCUGAAUAAUCGAGAAAACUCAUUUGUCGAAGACGGAGUGUUUUACAUAAAACCAACUCUGUUAGGAAUUGAACCGGGAGGUGAAGAGUUUCUUUCAAGUGGAACUUUGGACAUUCACGGUGGAGACCCUGGAAAUUUUUGUACAAAUCCAGCUUGGGAAGGAUGCGUGCGAACAGGUUCUCCAGAUGCUAUAUUGAAUCCAGUCAAAAGCGCUCGGGUUCGUACUGUCAAUUCGUUCAAUUUCAAAUAUGGUCACCUGGAAAUCAGUGCCAAACUACCAACUGGCGAUUGGAUGUGGCCAGCGCUUUGGCUCAUGCCACGCAUCAAUCAGUAUGGCACAUGGCCGGCUUCAGGUGAAAUUGAUCUUAUGGAAGCGCGCUGUAAUGUUGAUUAUCAUGAUGAAAAUGGAACCCAUUUGGGUGUGGAACAGGUUCUAUCAACCCUACACUUCGGCCCAAACGCCUGGACGAAUGCCUACAAUACAUCCACUGUUUCGAAAAAUUCUCCACCUAGUCAAGGAUUCAACAAAAAUUUCCAUCGUUACCAGCUGGAAUGGACUCCAGAUUAUAUGGCGUUCCAUGUAGAUGAUGAAUUUCUUUUUCGAGUAGACGGACAUUUUUGGGAAAGGGGGAACUUUGAUGAACGAGCUCCUGGAACCCGCAACCCGUGGAUCACCGGCACGAAGAUGGCUCCAUUCGAUCAAGAAUUUUUCAUCAUUAUGAAUUUGGCAAUUGGAGGUACGAACGGAUACUUUCCUGAUGACAAUGUUAUAAAUUCCGCUCCGAAACCUUGGUCCAAUCAAUCGCCGGUGCGAGUCGCAAUGACCAAUUUCUGGAAACAAAAGGAUAAUUGGAUUUCCUCUUGGAACUUGGAACAAAAUGAUGGAAAAGAAAGCGCUUUUCAAAUAGAUUAUGUACGGGUAUGGGCAUUGUAAGUGAAAAGAACUUUUGAUUUACUAAUAACAUUCGCUUUAUUUCGUU